GAACAGUUCCCAAAAAAUGCCAAAAUAUUUUCUCUGCGCUGUUUUGGAUAUAUUUGUUGGCAAUUAGAAAAAUAAUAAUAGCUGGUUAAAACCCAUAAAUAUUAUCUUUUGUUUGUUAAGAAAGGGUGCCGAAUUAAUAAGGAGGUUGUGUAACAAGUGUGAACGUUAAAAUUGAAGUGUAUAUUAAAGAAAUGCCUCAACGCCGGAUUGGCAAUCGUCGUGAAAAUGGAAGAGGUGGUGGAGGUAGUGGAAGUGGUAGUAUGCGCGAUGGUGGGCGUGGCAGAGGUGGAGGUGGCAGAGGACGUGAUGAUGGUAUACGUUCUGGACGUGUAGAGAAGCGCUAUGAUGAACGUGGUCGACGAGGUGGUGGAGGAGGUAGCGGUAACAACAAUGAUUUCGCCGGACUACGCACAGUAAACUGGUCAGACGUACGCCUGCCGCCUUUCCAGAAAAACUUCUACCAAGAACAUCCAAAAACGCGAAAUUGCCUACCUCAAGACGUCGAAAGGUACCGGGCAGCACACCAAAUAACAGUUCGUGGUCCAGCACCCAAUCCAAUACAAUACUUCGACGAAGCCUGCUUCCCCGAUUAUUGCCUCAACGAGAUCAGACGUCAGCGCUAUACGGAGCCCACUCCUAUACAAGCACAAGCAUGGCCAAUUGCAAUGAGCGGAUGCAAUCUCGUCGGAAUUGCUAAAACAGGCUCUGGAAAAACUCUAGCUUUCAUUCUUCCCGCUAUAGUACAUAUAAAUAAUCAACCACCAUUGCAACGCGGCGAUGGACCCAUUGCACUUGUUUUGGCGCCAACACGAGAAUUGGCACAACAAAUACAAACAGUGGCAAAUGAUUUUGGUUCGAGCGUUUACGUGCGUAAUACAUGUAUAUUUGGUGGUGCGCCAAAAGGCAAACAAGCGAAUGAUUUGGAACGUGGCGUAGAAAUUGUAAUUGCCACACCGGGAAGACUGCUGGAUUUCUUAGCAACUGGCGUUACAAAUUUGAGACGCUGCACUUACUUAGUGUUGGAUGAAGCGGAUCGAAUGCUUGACAUGGGUUUUGAGCCGCAAAUACGGAAAAUUCUCGGACAAAUACGACCAGACAGACAAAUUCUAAUGUGGAGCGCCACAUGGCCAAAAGAGGUGCGACAACUGGCUGAGGACUUUCUCGGUUCGUACAUACAGGUCAAUAUUGGUUCAUUAGAGUUAUCGGCAAAUCACAAUAUACGCCAAUAUGUCGACGUUUGCAAUGAGCACGAUAAAGGCACAAAACUGAAAGAUUUACUUUCUCACAUCUACGAUCAGUCACAUACACCGGGUAAAAUUAUCAUAUUCGUUGCAACAAAGAAGAAAGUAGAUGAAUUGUCGCGCUUUAUCAAUGGCUUUGGUGUACGCGUCGGUUCCAUACAUGGCGAUAAAUCACAAGUCGAUCGCGAUAAUGUAUUGGCCGAAUUUCGUAGUGGACGCUCGAAUAUUUUAGUCGCAACCGAUGUGGCAGCGCGCGGUUUAGACGUCGACGGCAUUAAAUAUGUCAUAAAUUUCGACUUUCCACAAUCGUCUGAAGACUAUAUACAUCGAAUCGGUCGUACCGGGCGUAAACAUUCCACAGGUACAUCGUAUGCAUUUUUCACACGCAAAAACGCCAAAUGUGCGCGUGCACUAAUUGAGAUACUGCGCGAAGCUAACCAAAAUGUAAAUCCCGAAUUGGAGUAUAUAGCACGAAGUUCUGGCUCGGGUGGUGGGCGCAAUCGUGGCGGUCGUGGAGGAAAUGGCAAUAGUGGUGGCGGUGGCAAUAUGUCAACGAGCAGACGUGGCGGCGGUGUUGGUGGUGGUAGUGGUAGUGCAUUCAAUUCGGGUGGUGGCAUGAGCGGACAUACUAAUUCUGGCGGUUCCGCCGGUUAUGGUAAUGGCUAUCGUGGCGCUGCUGCGAUGAUUGGUAGUCAUAGCGGUAGUGGUGGUUAUGGUGGCAGUAGUGGUGGUGCUGCUGCAGGUGGUGGCUACUCGAAUGGAAAUUUAUCUGCUGGCGGUUCGAGAUCGCGUAGCUACAAUUCGCGUCAUUAGAGACAACGCCUGGUGUAAAGACAAUUGUGUAAAAAUGGAGAUAA